UAAUUAUUGGGACGUCAUUCUAUUCGAUUGACGGAGCUGCGCAAAAUAAAAUAAUUUUUGACUCUCACUCACUCAUCACGGCUGCCAUGUUUUUUUUCAUGUGGGGUGUGUGUAUAUUGAUAUAACAUGAUAAUUUAACCCCGUACAAAUUGUUACAGAAGGGGUGCACCAAGUGCGUCAUUUGUUAAUAGCUAGUGACAAUGCUAUCGCCCACAAUUUAUUAAACACGAAAAAAGCUGCCUUACAAAUAAAAAUCGAACCACUAGCAAAGACUAGGCCAAAGAAAUUAAUGAUGUAUUAGUAAAGAGGCAUAUAAAGGAUCGAUUUUAACACACGGCCCUCGGCGAUUGAAAAAUGGACCUUCGAUUUAUGUGCGUGAUGAUGUUAUUUGAUAACGGCAGAGAUUAUUACGAGCAGAAUGCGUAAGCAUAAGAGAGAAAGUCAGGCGGACGCCUGCUGGCCUGCCACAUCCAGAGAGCUUCACCCAACUCCAAACCUUAUCAUCUGAUACCCAUACUACAGAGGAUAUGCAGUGCUCAAUUACAUUGGAAAGAGACCGUAACAUUGGAAAUAUUAAAAUGAAGACCAUUAACAAUUAUAAGAAUCCUUAUAAGAAGGAACCUAAUAUUGACAAUAUUGUUGAUCAGCUGUGUACGAGACUUAAAGACAUCAAAGAUCAAGAAGGUGCAUCACAAGUAGGUAUGCCCACGUGUUCUAUAGAACAAGCUGAGGCUGUACGUCGAUAUUACGCUGCCUUUCCGGCUCUGAAGAAAGGUGAAGAGUCUCCGCUGCAGUAUUAUCUGCCGCCGCCAGCGUGGUGUCGCAAGUCAGCACCAGAUAAAUUAGUCAAAAUGCAAAGUGAAGUAUCAAUUUCAAAAGAUUGGAACACAAAAAAUAAAAAGUUUUCUUCGGGUAAAGAGCGACGUAAUUCCUACCACGGUCAAAGAAAGGGUAACAAGAAACGCUGCAACAGUUAUAGUAGGUCCUUUGAAAGCAAAGAGAGCUUGCCUGAGUGGGUUACUCACGAGGGAGUUUGGGACAUAGAAACUCAAGAUCCUGUUAAGGAGUUUAUUAGAGCUAUAGCAUUAGACGAAGGUUACGGUACUUGCGAAAAUACAGUAACUGACGAAAUUAAGGAGAUAACGGGAGUUAAGCUGGGAAUGAAUGAAAACAUGGUGCCAAACUGGGACGACAGUCUUGAUUUUGAUACAGAUUGGAUUAUCACUGAAGAUCUAAAUCCAAGAGUUAGAACUCCGAUGGAGGAAGAGCUGUAUGCGAAAUUCGAAGCAAAGUUUGAUCGUAGCAUUGAAGCCUUGUGGUCAAAGGACCAAAAUACUCCUGAUGAUGAGUAUCAAGAUCUUCCAAUCGACUUUCAGGAUCUCCUCUCGUCCCCCUCCGAUCAUCUGUUUGCCGAUCCGUCCGCCGAAAAGUGCAGCCUGAUAUCUCUCACCGAAAGCAUAUGGUCUAAUGAUGCUACAGAUGCUAUAAUAUUCGACCGUGCCGAAUCUCCGACGAAAAUCGCCGAGGCGUUGCAUGAUCGUUUCAAGCCACUCAAUCUCGCCGAUGUCGCGGAGCCGCCGCCCUGUCCGCCGCGCGUGCUCGAAUCGCUCUCGCUCUACGAAGGCGACGAGAUAUACGACGCACUGUCCGCCGUAGCGAAAUCGAUGCGAUCUUUCACCGCUAUCAAUCACAGCCGCGAUCGGAGCGGCUUCGUAGAGGUGCCGCCCCGGCGGCACCCUCGCAACGAGACCGUCUCGCUCGUCGUUGAGACGAAGCUCGUAGAGGACACGCCACGAGCGUCCGCGUCGCGUGAGGACUUGCUGACAUCGUCCCGUACGCAUUUCAAGCCCAUCCGCCGCGAGGCAGAGUCCGAGGCGGCGCGCUACGCGGACGGCGACACGUUUGACAUUCGCGGCGACCUCGACGAGGUCGAGUUCAGCCGCAGCGAGUCCGGGGGCAUGUACUUGACGAGCUCCCUCGAGCGGUACCUCGAGUAUCGCACCGGGAACGGCAUCGAUUACGGGCGGCUGAAGCUGACGGCCGCGCAACGCUGCCCGGACCUCGACGACCCCGGAUUCCGGCUGCGUUUCCCGAUGCGGCAGCUGGACGCGGCGGUGCAGACCGACCGGCCGCCGGACGAGGCGUGGGCUGCAUGCGAGGAAUGUGGUCAAGCCGCGAAGAAGAUGCGCUCAAACAUAGAGAGCAUCUGGGGGGAGGCGGGCUCGUGCGACACUUGUGUGGCCCGGCCGCCGCCCUCGUCCGCCGCGCCGCCGCCCGACGAGAUGCGCCGCGAGUGGGAGGAGUUGCUGUCAGACAUCAGCGCUGCGCACGCGCAGUACAUAAGCGGAGUGGAAACGGGCGCGGGCGCGGAAGCUGAGGCGGGCGAGGAGACCAUGGUGAGCACGGCGGAGUGCCGUAAGCGACGGCAUAGCGCGGCGCUUCGUUGUAUGGCGGCGUGCUCGCACCCGCACGCUCGUUUCCUGCGAUGUUGCUCGGCUGCCAUGCACCGGCCGCUCACUCGCUGACCGCCGAAACACGUUAUUGCACGUUGCGGAUAUUCGGAGUUUAUUCAUUAUUCAUAAUUUUCUAAUUGUAUUAUUUUGUUAUUUAUGCCAUCAGGCAAUAAUACUCGUGGAUGCGAUUACUGAGACAUUUGGUAGUAGCAAAAACAGAACUGCAUGCUUAGUUUUGUUUCUAUUAAUGUUUUAUAAUUGAGUCGCCUACAGUAACAUUUUGUUGCUAAUUCAUCUUGGUCUGUUUGUUUUAUAUUAAUAAUUUUUAUUGACGGUUUUCAUUUUUUUAUGUGAAAGUUACAGAUUACUAACAAUGUACUAUUGAUGUCUCAGCAGCGUGCUCCACAUUCUUUAUUCAGAAAUCAUACUAAAUAUCAAUUAAUUUAUGAUAGAUUCGGUUUUAAUUCAUUGUCAGGUGAAACAGAUUAGGAUAAACUAGCAAUUGCUGGUGAUCUCAAUCUGUGUGGGCCCUAAACACUAAUUGAUCAUAUUGACACAGUACGUAAUAAUUGAGCGCCACUAUUGUUCGUUUGGGAUACAAUGUUUGUACACAUUAAUAAACGAAAUCUAACAACCUUCCAAUUUCAUGGAACUACGGUAAUUGUUACGUAAAUACUGUGUCAAGGUGAUUCAGUUUUGUUUUCUUUACCGUGAUAUCAGGCAAUCUGUAUAUUUUCGCUCCUUUUUCAUCGAUUAUAUUAUAAAAUGUAGUAAAAACGAAAAUUAUAUAUUAUUAUUAUUAUAUUCUAGAAUUUCAACACGAAAUGCCGCCAUGAAUACGCUUGAAAUUUUAUUAUAAUUUCAUGGCUCUAUUUUACUCUUUCAAGUGGCAUUAGAAUGAAAAAGUUAGCAAUAAUAAAUAGGUUUAAUUAGCGAAGCCUUGGAGUUAUGUUUUCCUGGUUGCAUCGGCAACGUUCACGUGAAGGUUAUAAAUUGCUAACAUAUCUUAUGAUUGUAGAUAUUGUUGAAAGGAAUAUAUGUAACAUUAAUUUUAGUUCAAUGUUUUCUUUGUAGAGGUUUCAUAUUGAUAGAAAUGUUUGAUGGAAUGCUACGUCUUACUGCAUUAUAUCAAAAUAUUUGGUAAAGAUUGUAUAAUGUACGUAAUUGAUUGAUAUUGAUGAGCGAAGUAUUGGAAUUGUUAUGAAUUGGACUCUAUGAUUUUUUCUUGACUUUCCAUGUUAAAUUUGCAUUGUGUUCAUAAAACAUUCAUAUUCUUUUGACGUAUAUAUAACUAGAGGUAGCAUUUCAUAACAAACAUAUUGGACGAUUCUAAUAUAAUUCUUACAAUAAUAUCGUCCCCAGUUGUUUAAUAAUUUGUUAAUGUAAAGCGUAGGUAUUGCAGGUAUUUUUUAUUUUGUUAGUAUUUUUCGUUUAUGUUUUUUUGGCAAUCUAAAUUCAUUCUAAAUUUUAUAUAAAUAAAAAUGAUUUUUGUUUACUGUUAAAAAUAAAAUUAAACAAGCAUUGACGUGAGGAGAUGGAUAAGGGCGCAUCUCCACUUUGCCAGUAGUGCAUACCUUUUUGGUAUUCUAGAUUGUUCCAUAUCAAUAAGGUGGGCACUGUUGCAGCUUUGCCACCGUUCAAAACCAGUCGAGAUGCGCCUUCAUGUGUCUACGGAUUGUAAAUCGUGUUAUAUAGUUGGCAGGUGGACGAUUUGUUUUCAAUGGUUUGUCCAUUUUGUCGUAAGUUAACACGCGGCGAUUUUAUUGAAUAGCCGCAUAAUAUAAUGGUAGGAAGGCGGGCGUCCGUGGCCGCAAAGACACAGUCGAGGAGACCGCGCCGCUCAGCCGUUUAGUGGUAGUUCGAGGUGUCAAGUUUUGUAUGAAGUUGGACAAUGAUAGCCGGGGGCGCCCAGUGCUGCCCCCCCUCGUGUGUCGGAUGAGGGUGAUGAAUCGUGUAGUAAUUGUGCUCUUCGAUAGGAAAAUGUACAGUCACUGUUUAAAGUCCCGUCGUCGCUGUCGGUGAGCGCGUGUUCUAUAUAACAUUACGACUUCUUGUAGCACAAGAACUGUGAACAGUGACUGUAAUGAGAUGUAAUAUAAUUUACAGCUCCUAAUAUGGAUUGUAACAGUUCAUAUAGGCGUAACUGUUAUUAUAGUUUAUGUAAUGCAUAAGAAAUGUAUAUGUUAUAUUUUUAUUUCUUGCGGGGUCCGUCAAAUCGUUUUUACGAUUGAUGAAUGUGUACAGCUUGGCGCUUUUGCGGUGCUCGUAAUAUCGCCAUUCUGUACAGCGCUCCAUAGACUAAGUACAUUUCUAUUAGUGUUAUCGCUAAACCUACGGUCGGACAAAAGAAAUAAUUUAUUCACCUAAAGUACGAUACAACUGUGUGAGGUAUCACUACUUGUUAUAAUAAUAUCUAGUGGAUUGAAGGUUCGAAAUUACCUUCAAUAGUUCGACAUGUGUGCAAUUGACAUUUGGAACUUUUGUUCUUGGAACUUCGCUAAUAGAAAAUUAAAUGUACUUGGUUUAAGGAGGUAGACCCCAUAUGUCCUUAUUUAUUUCAUUUAAUGCCUUACCUAGUUACAAUUUCCUAUAAAAUUUUAAUAUUCUUGCAAACUUUGCUAUUUUACGUGUCGUGUUUGAUAUAUUUAUUUUUCUGUAGUGUGAUUUACUUCUGUUUGUAAUAACUGAAAAGGGAAAAAUCACCAAAAAAAAUUCAUUGCAUCGGAAAGGCUGUUAUUGUAUAUAUUUACUAUAUUGUGAAUUAAUGUAUAGACUAUUUCAGUUCUUAUAUUUAUUAUGUUUGUUAGUUCCGUUGACUUCAGUAUCUGAAGUGGAUACAUUGACAGUCCACUGAAUAUUUUAUAACCUCUGGAAAUUUUACCAGAACAUACGUGUAACAUUCAUUAUAUUUAUUUUUUAAACAUUUAUUUAAAAAUUAAACGUCUGACAGUUUUAUGACCAUGAAUAAACAGAAAUUUAAGUAUAGAAUACGAUUUGUAACUGCAUUCAUAGAUUUAUGUAACCAUCUUAUUGUCACACUAUUUCAGAUAUUGAAGCGAUCAUUUAUUAAUGUCUAAAGUUUUAUCGUUAUAUAUGGUUGGGUAUUUUUUAACUUUUGUCAACUAAUUAAUUCACGUUCAUUAUUUUGAGUGUCACGGUAAUAUUUUUCAUUUUAUACUCUCAUAAGUUCAUAUUAUAUUGUACUUAUUCCAUUAACGAUAUUCGAUAAAGGAUACCUCGAAAAAAAAAUUAUAAAAAUAAAAAAAAAAUAUAAUAAUAUAAAAAUCAUUAGAUACAAGUUUGCAUAUAAUAUUAUAUUUGAUUAUGAUUCAAUCUAAUGUAAUGUGCCUAUGCACUUGAUUAUCUAUACAUCCGGAUCAUCUAUGGAUAUGUAUUCGACAGUCGGUCGAGUGCAAUUGUGGUUUGCAAUGGUUAUUUACAUGGGGACUGUAGUAUUGACGCGAGAUCGAACCGUUGCAAACUUAGCUUUCGUUAUCGAUAAAUCUAUUAGAAUGUAUUUAAUCUGCCUGAAUAGCAUAAUAGAUCAUUUUAUUUUAAUAGAUGUAUUGAUAUCGUUGUAAAAUCUUUAAAAGCAUUCGCAUGAUUUCUGUAUGGGGAAAUACUAUAUUGCAGUAACGGCGAGCGAGUGUUUUUAAAGGUCGUAUAGGUCCCUAAAAUCGCAAUCUAACUUUAAGCCACCAGAUUCUUGGCGAAGGAGCUUUUAGCUCAGUAAUAUUGGUACCUAUUUGAAUAUUUACACCUUUCACAGUCUGUUGAUUAUUUUAUGAAAUUAAUGUCGAGAAGAGAGCAAAGCAUUUUUCCAAGAAACCUUUUGAACACGUAGCUAAACAAGCACACGUUUGAUAUAUCAAAAUGUAAUGACAAAAUUACAAAUAUUGCAUGUAGUUGUAUAUUGAAAUUCUAAAUAUUGUCAUGCUCUCCUCGAGAAACAAGUCGGCUUGUAACCGAUUGCUAACUGUGCCCUUGGUUACAUGCGUAUUUGUUUACACAUCAUAUCAAAAUAUAUAUAUUCUUUUUUUGUUUGAAAUUUCUUACCUAAAACGAUUAGAGCUAAAAAUAUGUUAUAGGCCGGGGUAGGAGCAGUUCAUAAGGGAUUUCACGUCUUAUUUUUGCUAACGCUGUUUAUAAUAUUCACUGCUAUCUAAUACAUUUUCCUCUAUUGUUAUUAAAGUGUAAUUGCACAUUGCAAAGUCAAAUGUAUCCAUUUGGUUUCUUCAUUGUUAUCUUACUAUUAGAUGAAUUUUCCUAUUGAUAGCUAUUGUAUAAUUCUAUUUGAAAUUAUAAUCCUUGUUUUAAUAGAAGUGGUUAUCCCUGAAAAUAGUUACCAUUUUCAUAAUUUAGGUUGUGCUCACUACUCUGGUUCUUGCCACCUGUGGGAAGAAAUAAAGUAAACAAUCCACAUUA